CACAAAAACCGCGAAAAACAAAAAUGACAACAAAUAUCGAAAACAGUUUAAUUUCAGCGUCAGCUUUACUAAAGGAAAACAAGAAGCGUUCAUUGGGUAUUGAGAAAAAGCGAGACAGUGCCCUGAAUGAAGAGAACAGUAACGUUGCUGUACAGUUUGCUCAAUGCAAGGCUGAUUUUAAAGAGUUGAAGCAAAAAUUGAUCCAGUUACAAACAAAGUUCCAUUUUGUGAAGAGUCUAGCUACAGAUGAAGAAACAACAAUAGAUGAAGAAAGAUUAGAUGAAGAGAUCAAAGAUUCCAAACUUGAUAUAGCUGAAGCCAAAGGUGCUCUUGAGGAACUGAAGACAAAGAUCACUGCUUGCAUAGAAACUGGAGAACAGGAAUACACAACAUGUCAGAAUGACCUUGUUAGCUUGGAGCAGUUGGUCACCCAGGUUUCUGCUAAGAAACAAAAGCUUGACAGUCUUGUUGCUGAGCGAGAACAAGCCCUGCAGUCACUUGGGGAUCUUGGAUCAUCAAACUUCAUCAAUGAUAUCUCUGCCAUGGUAGAAAGUAAGAAAUCAGAGGUGAAGGAGUAUUCAGAGAAACUUUCCCAAUCCAAGAAAGCUCUUGAUGAGCUUGCUAAGACAAAGGAAGACAUCAAUGCUAUUAUCCAAGAGUUUGAUGCUUCCACCAAGGAAUACAUGGCUGUGAUUGGAGACCGAGAAAAAGAAGAUAAGCUUAUGAAUAAUACAAAGAAAGAGGAAGAUGAAUUUUUGUCCAGUGUAGUUGGUUACCUCCAGCACCUUAGUGGGUUAAGCAUAGAACAUCUCCAUGGUGACCAACUGAAGGUGAAAUUCAACCAACCAGAAGGCAAAGAUGAAACUGAGGCUUUGACCUUGACCAUGACUUUCAGAUCAGAGCCACCUAGCCCAUGUGUCUUACAUAAAGCAGAGGUGAACAUUUCUACAUUAAUUGUUGAUGACAUCAUAGAGCGGGCUAUAGCACAAAAUGACUGCAAAUAUCUCAUACAAGAGGUUCAACAAAGGUGGCAGAAACAUUUCUCUCUACUUCAUGAGAUAACUAUUCUCAGAGAGAGGUAUGCUAUAGAUUGGAUAUGUAAUGAAGGUGUACUCCGCAUGAUGCUUGGUGACAAUGGACAUAUUGUUUGUACCUUAGAGAUUCAAGAUGGCUACCCAGCAACUGGUGAAGUAAAACUAAAGUCUAUAAGUGGCCGGUCUGAAGAUAGCCCUGGUGAUUUGCAGCCUCCACAGAAGUCCCCCACUCUAACAGACUGGCUCCAUUAUCUCGCCUGCAGGUACAACAGUUCAGAUGAAGACACAGACUCUUAGGACCAAAAAUACUAAUGGACAGAUUUUAGUUUGAUCGGUGUAUCUUCUCUAUUGACUACUACCCUCUGCCUA